AUGGGUAUAAUAGCCAUUGUUCUUAAUGCAAUCCACAGAUUUGAUAUGACAUUCUAUCUUUUUCUUCUUUUUUUUACUUUUUCUUCUUUUUUUACUUUUUCUGUCUUUCUCUUUUUCUUUUUGUUUUUUGAAAAAUUUUUUCUUUUUUACUUUCUUUCGUUUUUUUAUUUUGUUUAUUUUUUCUUUUUUUAUAAAAAAUUCUUUUUUCUUUCUGUUAUUUAUUUUUCUUUUCUUUCCCUUUCCUUCUCUUCUUUCUUUUUUUUUUUAAUUUCACAAAAAGUUUUCUUCUUUUUUAUAAAUUCUUUUUUUCAUUUUUCUUCUCUUUUUUUUUUUUUUUCUUUUCUUUCUUUAAAAUUUUCUUUUCGUUUGAACAGGAUUUAUCUCUUUCUUUGUUUUUUUAUUUUCUUUUCUUUCUUUUUUUUUUUUUUUUAUAAUUUUUCUUUCCUUUUCUUGAUUGUUUUUUUUUUUUUUAUAAUUUUCCUUUUUCUUUCUCUUUCCUCUUUCUUUCUUUUUCAACUUUUCUUUUAUAUGUUUUCUUUGAGAGACAGCCAUGGUAAAAUAGAAAAAAAGGCAUUCUCUCCAUCCUUUCCUAUUUUUGCUCUACCCUCCUCCUCUUCUGUUCUGCCCCUCUCCCUCCUUCAGUUUGCUUUCUCUCUCCCCUCUGUUCUACAUCUCUCCCCUAUGUCAUCUGUUCUGCCUCUCUCCACCUCUCUCCCUCUCAUAACAUUUCUCCCUUCCACCUCUGUUCUGCCUCUUUCCUCUCUCUGCUUCAAUCAGCAUUUCUUCUGUUCUGUGUCUCUCCCCUCCUUCAGCAUUCUUUCCCUGUCCUCCUCUGUUUUUGCCUCUCUCCUCUUCCCUUCCCUCUUUCAGCAUUCCUCCCCUCUUCCUCUGUUCUGCCUCUCUCUCGCUUCCUCCCCACCUUCUCUGUUCUAA